UCUAGCAAAGCAAGCUAGCAAUAGCUAGAGGUUUUUUCAAUUCCAAGUAAUGCUUAAUACAUAAGUAUUUAAUUUUCUACGUGUACUUCUGCAUUGAGAUACCAAGAUCAUGAAUAUUUGUACUAAUAAGUCGUCGUCAGGAGUGAAGAAAGGUGCAUGGACUGAAGAAGAAGAUGUUCUAUUGAAAAAAUGCAUCGAGAAAUAUGGAGAAGGAAAGUGGCAUCAAGUUCCUCUUAGAGCUGGUUUGAAUAGAUGCAGAAAGAGCUGCAGAUUAAGGUGGCUAAAUUAUCUAAGGCCACAUAUAAAGAGAGGAGACUUCUCUUUUGAUGAAGUAGAUCUCAUUUUGAGGCUUCAUAAGCUGUUAGGCAACAGAUGGUCACUUAUUGCUGGUAGACUUCCUGGAAGGACGGCAAACGAUGUCAAAAACUACUGGAACAGCCAUCUUCGCAAGAAGUUAAUUGCUCCUCAUGAUCAAAAGGAGAGCAAGCAAAAAGCAAAGAAGAUCACCAUAUUCAGACCUCGGCCUCGAACCUUCUCAAAGACAAAUACUUGUGUUAAAAGUAACACAAAUACUGUAGAUAAGGAUAUUGAAGGCAGCAGCGAAAUAAUUAGAUUCAACGAUAAUUUGAAGCCAACAACUGAAGAAUUGACGGAUGAUGGAAUUCAAUGGUGGGCCGAUUUACUAGCUAACAAUUACAACAAUAAUGGGAUUGAGGAAGCUGAUAAUUCAUCACCAACUUUGUUGCAUGAGGAAAUGCCACUUUUCAGUUGAUAUUGACAUGUGGGAUCUGCUAGGAUAAAGGAUUAAUCCCCUUAUGAGGCAGACGUAGGAUUUAAUCUUUUAACGUACUUAAUUUUUAAAAAUUUUAGUACUUAAUUUACGGUACUUAUAAAAUUAUGGGGUCAAAAUUUAGUAUUUAUUAUUAUUUUAAUGAA